AUGCUCUCCGGAAUCCUCAUCUUCAAUCAAAAAGGCGAAAAUCUCAUCUUCCGCGCCUUCCGUAACGACUGCCGCCCACGCCUCGCCGACGUAUUCCGCAUCCAAGUCAUCUCUAACGCCUCCGUGCGCUCUCCCAUCCUCACCCUCGGUUCAACCACAUUCAGCCAUGUCAAGCACGAGAACAUCUACCUCGUCGCCGUCACUAAAUCCAACGCCAAUGCCGCGCUCGUCUUCGAGUUCAUCUACCGCCUCAUCGGCCUCGGCAAAGCGUAUUUUGGCAAGUUCGAUGAAGAGGCCGUGAAGAAUAACUUUGUGCUCGUGUAUGAGCUGUUGGAUGAAAUCUUGGACUUUGGGUAUCCGCAGAAUACGGAGACGGAUACGUUGAAGAUGUACAUUACGACUGAGGGGGUUAAGAGUGAGAGGGCUAUUGAGGAUUCUUCUAAAAUCACUAUGCAAGCCACCGGAGCUCUGUCUUGGCGACGAUCCGACAUCAAAUACCGGAAGAACGAAGCUUUCGUGGACGUGAUAGAAGACGUCAAUUUACUCAUGUCGGCAACUGGUGCAGUACUGCGGGCGGAUGUCAACGGACAGAUCAUUAUGCGCGCAUAUCUAUCUGGAACGCCGGAAUGCAAGUUCGGGCUUAAUGACAGGUUGACGCUGGGAGAGGAUAAUUUGCAAGGCCCGUCUGGUAACAGAGCUGGCGCAAAGGCUACAAGAGCGGCAGCAGGCAGUGUCACAUUGGAGGAUUGCCAAUUCCAUCAAUGUGUGAAACUGGGAAAGUUCGAUACCGAUCGAAUCAUCUCCUUCAUACCCCCCGAUGGCGAGUUUGAAUUGAUGCGUUACCGAGCCACAGAAAACGUCAACCUACCGUUCAAGGUGCAUGCCAUUGUCAACGAAGUGGGUAAGACGAAGGUGGAGUACAGCAUUGCCAUACGUGCCAAUUAUGGCUCGAAAUUGUUCGCCACCAACGUAGUUGUACGGAUACCAACGCCCCUGAACACAGCACGCAUCACGGAGCGAACGUCGCAGGGCAAAGCAAAGUACGAACCCGAGCACAACAAUAUUGUCUGGAAGAUACCUCGCUUUACGGGACAGAGCGAGUUUGUGUUGAGCGCCGAGGCCAGCUUGACGAGCAUGACGAACCAGAAAGCGUGGUCGAGGCCACCGCUCAAUCUUAGCUUCUCGUUGCUCAUGUUCACGAGCUCCGGGUUGCUAGUGCGAUACCUCAAGGUGUUUGAGAAGAGCAACUACAGCAGCGUCAAGUGGGUGCGGUAUAUGACGAGGGCAGGAAAUUAUGAGAUACGGUAA